GGUCCCCGAGGCUGGGGGCGGCGGUGGCAUCCCUGCAAUGCGCUUGGCAUCGGCUGCCCCGGCUGGCGCUGCCCGAGUCCAUGUGAUCCGGGGCUCGCCCUGUGCCGCUGCCCGGUCCAGCCGCCGGGACGGCGAGGGAGCCACAAGGUCGAGCGGCCCCAGCCCCGAGCAGGGCUCCUCCCUGCCACCAUGCCCCGCGGGAAGAGGGACCCGGUCCUGCUGUCCCCCGCCGAGCUGCCCGGCCCCGGGGCCGAGGGUCCCCGCGGGGCCGGGGACGGUCGGCGCUCCGCGGAGGAGGAGGAGGAGGAGGACGGACACCUCCCGGGGCUGCCCCGCGACGACCUCACCAAGAGCAUGUCGAGCUCCUCCGUGUCCUCCUACCACUCCGCCCUGUGCUCGGACGGCACGGAGACCUUCAAGGACUGCCUGGAGUUCCUGGACGAGGAGGGAUCACCCGGCCGGGCUGCCCCGGGCCGCUGGGCUCCGGCGGGGGCCCCCGGCACGGCCCCGCCGCCCGUCCCCCUCGCCCGCCCGCAGCGGGCUCAGCUGUCCAGCGCGGCUAAGAAUAGCCCAGCGCCGGGCCAGGGGGGCAGGAUGGGUCCCCUCGGUGGGGACCGGCAGCCUGUGCCGGCCGCGGGGGAACCGGCCGUGCCCCGGCAGCCCGGGGCGAUGCUCCCCGGAGCUCCCAGCGACUCGGACGAGGUGGACGGCGAGGUGCAGGCGCUGACGGCCAGGGCUUUCCGCAGCCUCUCGGGGCUCCCCGGAGCUCGCCUCGACAUGUGCAGCUCCCACACCUCCUCCAGCCUCUCCAAUUCGCUGUCGGAGGACGGCGGGCGGCCGCGGCGGUGGCCGGUGGGUGCCGGGGAGCCCCGGGGGGCGGUGACAGCUCUGCACGGCCGGGCGGGAUGGCCUUUCCCCACCGGCGUGGACGGGGAGCUGCUGGGCAAGGAGCAGUUCGAGUGCGUGGACGUGGAGCUGGAGACCGAGGCGAGGAAGGGACACGGCAAGAAGAGGACGGUGCCCAAACGCCAGAUCCUGCUGAAGAGGAAGGAGAGGAAGGAGACGGGCUUUGGCCCCCGCGGGGAUGGCCCAGCGCCCCAGCCCCCUGCCAGGAAGGAGCCCCCCAGCAAGGGCAGAGCCGUCGGAGAGGAUUUCAGGCUCAACUACCAGCAGUUCAUGAAGGCGGCGUCCCUGGAGGCCGGCACCGACAGGACCCGGGCGGCCUCGAGCCUGGUGAAAAACGUCCUGGCCAAGAAGAUGCAGUACGAGCAGCGCAUCAAGAUGGAGCAGAAGGGGCUGCGGGGCAGCUCGACCUCCUCGGGGCCGUCUUCCGCCGGCACCGACCUGCUGGGGGAUGGUCUGGAGGGCAAGUCCAGCUCGCUGUCCCGCUCCGACUGCAGCUUCUCGGCCGAGGACCUGCGGAGCGGCGGGAUGCCGGUGGCCACGGCGGCCGCGGGGAGCACCGCCACCACCACGCAUCCCACCAAGGGCGUGGUGCUUAGCGAGGCGACGAGGGAGACUGUCUGCAACCUGAGGAAGACUUUCAACGAGCUCAACCAAAGGAUGAAGUACCAGGAGGUGCUGGAGGGCCGCUGGCUGCCCGCGGCCGCGGAGGAGCACGCGUCGGAGAGGAUCUGCUACCAGCGAGCCCGCGCCUUGUUCGAAGCCCAGCCCGGGGUGGGGAAGGUGCUGGAUGUCGCCCCCCGGUUUGCGAGGGCGCCGAGGCCGUGGCCCAGCCUGAAGGAGCGAGCCAUCGGCCCCAUCCAUUCCCAAGGCCUCCCAUUCAAGGCCGAGAGCCGGGCGCUCCCCGCCACUCCGCCGCGCCGCCCCUUCGCAUCCUCCCGGCCGCAGGAGGCGAGGACGCUGCCGCAGAGCCACCCACAGAAGCCACCGGCAGCGCCCCGCCGGCCGCCCAGCCCCGGCACCAUCCCGGUCCCGCGGGGGUCCCCGCCAGCCGCGCCCCCCAAGCCGGAGGAGAAGGGGAAGGGGCGCGUCCCGCAGCCCCGAGAUGUGCGCAAGCUGGUGAAGAGCAGCUACAGCCUCAAAUUCGGGACUGCCGGUGCCUCCCGCGGCACCGUGGCACCGGCCAGCAGCGGGGAGCCGCCGCCAGCCACCCCUCUGGUCAUCCACUGCACCUCGGUCCGCCGGGAGCCGGCGGCUGAGGAGGUGCCGGCAGCCCCCGGCCGGGAACCGGCCCCGGCGUGCCCCGAGGGGCCCGCGAAGCCCCCGCACAGCUCCCCCAUCAACAUCACCAGGGUCCAGGCCACGCGGAGGGGCGCGGCCCCCACGGAGGAGCCGCCGGUGUCGCCCCCGCGCCGGGAGCGGAGCGAGCUCCGGUUGCCGCCGCGGACCGAGCGGGUGCCGCACGUGGAGACCCAUCUGCACGUCCUGGUGGGGCGGCCGGGCCCCGCGGCCGCGGAGAGCUGCCCGGGCCCGAGCAGCGCGGUGCUGCGGGCGGAGAAGACCGUUCUGCUGCCGCCGCCACCCGCGAGUCCCGCGGAGGAGAAGGAGCUGCGCGGCCGUGGCGGCGGCAGAGCGCUGCCCGCUGCCGAGGGGCCGGAGCCGCCGGGACAGCGGCCCAGCAGCGGGGACAGCCGGGACCCCCGAGCCACAGCCCCGGGCGGCAGCAGCGCGGCAGAGCCCGGUGCCAACGAGCGGGGGCAGCGGCAGCCCGGCCGGCGGGUGUCGGUGGGUAACGGGCGCUCUGCCGGUGGCACCGGCCCCGCCGCCCCGCUCCGAGCCGGGGACAGCAGCGAAGGCCUCCCCGGGCGGCUGCCGGAGCAGAGGGAGACCUGGGAGCGCUCGCCGCAGUGGCCGGCGGCUACCGAGCCCUACCCGCCGGCUGCCCCGGCAGAGAACUCCAACUACUUGGCAAUCCCCGAGAGAGCCCCCAAAUCCACGCUGAUGCCAAAGCUGUCCUCGGUCCCCAACCCAGCCAGUGCCUCUUUUGGGACCUCCAUGGUCACCAACGUGACCAGCUCAUCCUUUGGCUUCCCAUCAACCUCCAGUCUGGCCAGCACAUCAUUUGGGACCCCCUUAGUUUCCAAUUCCAACAAGUCUUUUGGGGCCCCUCUGGUCCCCAACAUGUGCAGCACAUCCUUUGGGAACCCCCUGGUGCCCAAUCCAUCCAGUGCAUCCUUUGGGAACCCCCUGGUUCCCAAUCCAUCCAGUGCAUCCUUUGGGAACCCCUUGAUCCCCAAUCCAUCCAGCAUGUCCUUUGGGAACAGCCUGGUCCCCAAUCCAUCCAGCAUGUCCUUUGGGUCCUCUUUGGUCCCAAAUGCAUCCAGUGCAUCGUUUGGGAACCCCUUGAUCCCCAAUCCAUCCAGUGCAUCCUUUGGGUCCCCACUGAUGCCAAAUCCAUGCAGCAUGGCUUUUGGGUCCUCCUUAGUCCCCAGUCCAUCCAGUGCAUCCUUUGCGAACCCCUUGAUCCCCAAUCCAUCCAGCGUGUCUUUUGGGUCCUCCUUGGUCCCAAAUCCAUCCAGUGCAUCCUUUGGGUCCCCACUGGUCCCCAAUCCAUCCAGUGCAUCCUUUGGGAACCCCUUGAUCCCCAAUCCAUCUAGUGCACCAUUUGGGUCCCCUUUGGUCCCCAGUUCAUCCAGUGCAUCCUUUGGGAACUCCUUGAUCCCCAACCCGUGCAGCUCAUCCUUUGGGUCCCCCUUGGUCAGCAACCGAAUCCCCACUUCCCUUGGGCAUCCAUCAGUCUCCAACAUGGCCAGCUCUUUCUUUGGAUCCCCUUUUGUCCCCCACCCAGCCAGCGCUCCGCUGGGAAGCGGUGCCUAUCCCCUUCCUGGUGGGGAAGUGCCCUGGAGCAAGCCCAGCCCUGAGCCCCCCCUGCCCCGACCCCCCGAGGGCUCGGCUGCUGUGGGGCCCCCAGCCCAGCCCCACCCGGAGGAUGCUCCUCAUUUCCUCAGGGGGACCGAUGGCCCCUCGCCGAGUGGGAGGAGCAGGCAAAGCCCCCCCAAGCCCUUCUCCACCGCCGUGCCCGCCCAGCGGAGGAUGCUCGUGGAUCCCAGCAGCGGCAAGUGCUACUACGUGGAGCCGCCACGGCAGCCCCAGAUGAAAACGCUCUACGACCCCGAGACAGGGCAGUACCUGGAGGUGCUGGUCCCACCGGUGGCAUCGCACAGCGGGCUCUACCAGGCACCUUUCAACCCGCUGGUCAUGGCCCCGGGGGUCUAUGGUCCACCCUACUCACCCUACGGCGGCUUCCCGGGGCUCCCGGCGCCGCCGCCCUCCGCCCCGUCUCCGCCGCACCCCUCGCUGCCGGCUGCCGACCACCCCGGGACCCCCGGCUCCGCUCCCAAGGGCGAGGAGCCGUCCCCUGCCGGGGGUGCUGACUGCGGCUACCUGGAGAGCCCCUACUACAUCCCCACGGGCAUGCGGGCCAGCCCCGGCCCCGAGCAGCCCCCGGCCCGCGCCAGCCCUGCCGCGCCCGAGGGCUCGCUGCUCCGCAUGUGACGGGGAUGGAUGUCCCUUCCCUUGGCACGGCUUAGCCCGAACUCAGCAUCACCCCUGGCACGGGAGAGCCUCCCCGGCCACGGCUGAGCUGGCAGAGCGCCGAGGGGUAGCGGGCACUGGUUGGACUUCACUGGCUUCUCAUGGAAACGGGGUCAAAAAGGGUAUUUUCCGGUGUGAGCACCUGGCAGCCCUAAGGGGAAAUGAAGUGUGGGCCCCGGCCAGCAAAGGGACCAGAGAGGCCCUGCUUCCCCCUGUCCUGCCAGUCCCAUCCCAAGGAUGACCCGGGCUGGUUCGCACAGCAGGGUGAUGGCCUGGUCACCCCCAGCCACGGCUGAAGCACAGACACCCCAAAAUAGUAAUAAAAACGCUGAAACAGCUUUAA